CCUGCAACAUGUGACUACUAGUGGUGUGUGUGUGUGGUGGAUCAUGACUUGAGCUCUAGGUCACAAUAUCCUCUUUCAGCUGUGCCACACACACACUGUGCAGUUUACAGGGUUACAAAUGAGAUAUUUGCACUCUCCAGCCCUUCCCACACUCCUCACCUUCGCCAGACUCAGUUACAAAUGAGAUAUUGUGUAAUCUCAGACCUUGCUCAUCCAUUGCCCUCUCCUUGCCUCCACCAGAGCAGGUUGGCGUCUGCAGAAGACGUGAAGGGUUGGAUACCGUCCAUAGAGAAAGAAAUAAGCUACCUCCUGAAGCAGAUAGAAGGGACUGGAUCUAGGAAGCACAACGAUGCAAAGAUCGAGGAAUUUCAGGAGAGAAUCGACCACUUGCAGCGAGAACAUAAACGAUUUGUUGCCAAGGUACGUUCCCUGGACCCUAGCUACCGGGACGUGGUGCCAUGGCAACCACGAGGCUACAAGAGGAAGAGACAUAGGGAGGGGCAGUCUACGGAGCCGGCUAAAGAGGCAAGUGGACCUCAGAUCAAGAGGCUUUAUUCACCUCUAUUGGCCGAGGAAGAGAAAAUGUCCAGCAAGAAGCCCGUGUCAAGUUCUACCUCACAAGAAUUCCAUGUCCUUUCCGAAGGUAUUCUACAGUAUUCUAUACCGAGGACAGCUAGCUAAUCUAAUAGAGGAAAAGUCCUCCGUGUCCUAUGGGUUCGAGUAUCCUUUGUGGCUGUAUAUACCAACAGCAAUAGAUCUUUGACACAUACCGAUGUCCUUUGGCGGGCCAUUAGCUGGGAUGCAAAGAGCACCAUCGUCGUAUUUUCUCUCGUCUAAGUCACAGUGGACAACAGGGGAACUUAGUGGUAACAGAAUCGACGAGUGUGUGAUGAAGGAGUCUUCAUUAGUGAGGGGUAUAGAGGGUGGAGUCCUGAGAUUGGACUACAGCAGUUCGGAGGAGGAAGACAAGACGUGAGGACAGAGUCCGCUGGAGAGAGAGCACAAGAUACACGGGGAAGGUCGCGGAGAGCGAGAAGGUGGCAAGAUACAUCAAUUGGACAAAAGAGCAUGGUGAUAUAUGAGAGCUGAAAAACUAAUAUUAAUACUGUUUAUUAAUAUCGUAAUUAUUUUAGCAGCAAUUCAAUAAAAUCGAUUCAAAGAGGGGGGCGACAAGAGGUGAAAGGUGAAAAUGGAGAGACAACAAGAAGUUGACAAAUACGCGACAUGCAUGAUGGGUGUUGCCGUGAACAUGACGUCAUUAUGAUGUUUGCUAAUAGGGUGGCUCCCCAUUAUAGCGUCCAGCAGGAUAGUCAAGGUGGGGAAGGUGGGGCACGAGACCUAUUGAACGUAUAGCUCUUGUUUUUCCUAAAGAGCUCAAACGGAUCCUGCAUGUCCAUACCAACCCCCUAGAAACAGAGAGAAGAGACGUAUAUUUCUGUCUGCGACGGAGGGGAGACGUGUUUCCAACCUCACCUUGUACUUGUCGUUCU